AUGUCGGACGAAGGUGUAUGGACGUUGAUCGAAUCCGACCCAGGUGUAUUCACAGAAAUGUUGCGUGGAUUCGGUGUCGAAGGUGUGCAGGUUGAAGAGUUGCACUCCUUGUCUGAAGAGGAAACUGCGGCAUACAACCCUAUCUAUGGUUUGAUUUUCCUUUUCAAAUGGCGACCUGGAGAGGAACCCAUUGGAGAACCUGUCGAUACGAACAAUGUAUUUUUUGCUCAACAGGUGAUUACCAAUGCCUGCGCAACUCAAGCCAUUAUAAAUUUGCUGAUGAACGUGAACGAUCCUAAAGUAAAACUUGGCCCAGUACUGGAAGAAUACCGCGACUUUGCCAAGCAAAUUGACCCUGCUAGCAGAGGUUUGGUUCUGUCUAAUUGCGAGAAAAUACGUCAAGUGCACAACAGCUUUGCUCGCCCGACAUUCUAUGAACUCGAUGUCAAUAUGCCCCCAUCUGAGGAUAAUUACCACUUCAUUACUUUUGUGCCUGUAGGAAACAAGGUAAGUUCCCAUGGUUCAAAUGAGGAUGCGUCAAUUCUCAAUCUUGCUAUCGUUGAAAAUAAGAUCGACGAAGAAGGACAUAAGCUCGAUACGUAUCGACGAGAAAAUGCUAGACGUCGCCACAAUUACUUGCCGUUUAUUGUCGAGAUCUUGCGUAUUCUUGCAAAGGAAGGUCGACUGGUUCCCAUGGUCGAAAAGGCACAGUUGAACGCUCGAUCACGGCUGAAGCGCGAGAACAAGCAAGCGCAGCAAAACUGA